GCUCAGUGCGGCCGUCGCGCCGCCGUCCGCCAACUCGGAAGCUCGCGCUCGCGGGCCGUGGGGGCGAGAACGCCGGCGGCGGCGAGCCGGUGUCGCCCGCCGCCCCCAGACAGUGGCAAACUUCGCGGUGUCCCCGGAGCUCGCCUGGACGAGACUGAUACCUCACAUAUAAAAUCCAAUCCAAUCCCCCCCACCUCCCCCCCAUCCCAGCCCGAAUCAUGGAGGCUGUGGCCGCCCGAGUGCCGCCGCCGCCGCCGGCCCCUACCCACUAGCCCGGGACCAACAGCGCCACAGUGAGCGAGCGAGGAGGGGGAGAGAGGGAGUCUGUCUGCAAAGUGCUGCUCCCUGGUGCUCAGAGGCGGCUGCUCCAGCUCCAACUCUCAUUCAUUUCGCCGGUUAACAUGAGAGAUCAUGGCCGCCUUCGGGCUUCUCAGCUAUGAGCAGAGACCGCUGAAACGCCCCCGGCUCGGGCCGCCCGACGUCUACCCGCAGGACCCCAAGCAGAAAGAGGAUGAACUUACUGCUGUGAAUGUAAAGCAAGGCUUCAACAAUCAGCCAGCCUUUACUGGAGAUGAACAUGGCUCAGCCAGAAAUAUUGUAAUUAACCCAUCAAAGAUUGGAGCUUAUUUCAGCAGUAUAUUAGCUGAGAAACUAAAGCUUAACACUUUCCAGGACACCGGAAAGAAGAAACCACAAGUUAAUGCUAAAGAUAAUUAUUGGCUGGUUACUGCUCGAUCCCAGAGUGCAAUUCAUAGUUGGUUCUCUGACUUAGCAGGAAAUAAACCACUUGCUAUUUUGGCAAAAAAGGUUCCAAUCCUUAGUAAAAAAGAAGAUGUUUUUGCAUAUUUAGCUAAAUAUUCAGUGCCAAUGGUUCGAGCAACGUGGCUGAUCAAGAUGACCUGUGCCUAUUAUUCUGCUAUUUCUGAAGCUAAAAUUAAGAAACGUCAGGCUCCUGAUCCUAAUUUGGAGUGGACACAAAUAUCUACCAGAUAUCUUCGAGAGCAGUUGGCCAAGAUUUCUGACUUCUACCACAUGGCUUCCAGUGCGGGGGAUGGUUCUGUCCCCGUGCCACCGGACGUGGAGCAGGCCAUGAAGCAGUGGGAGUACAAUGAAAAGCUGGCAUUUCACAUGUUCCAGGAAGGAAUGCUAGAGAAACAUGAAUAUUUGACAUGGAUCUUGGAUGUUUUAGAAAAGAUCAGACCAAUGGAUGAUGAUCUUCUUAAACUCUUGCUACCACUAAUGCUGCAGUAUUCGGACGAGUUUGUUCAGUCGGCUUACCUGUCUCGUCGUCUUGCCUACUUUUGUGCCCGGCGUCUUGCCUUGCUGCUGAGCGAUAGCCCCAGCCUCCUUGCCGCCCACUCGCCCCACAUGAUGAUAGGACCAAACAGCUCAAGCAUCGGGGCCCCCAGCCCUGGCCCCCCCGGCCCUGUCAUGAGCCCUGUGCAGCUGGCCUUCUCAGACUUCCUGUCCUGUGCGCAGCAUGGCCCCCUGGUUUAUGGACUUAGUUGUAUGCUGCAGACUGUCACUCUCUGUUGCCCAAGUGCCUUGGUGUGGAAUUAUUCCACAAACGACAAUAAGAGCGCGAACCCAGGCUCGCCCCUGGAUCUGCUGCAGGUGGCCCCCUCCAGCCUCCCCAUGCCUGGUGGGAACACGGCUUUCAAUCAGCAGGUUCGGGCAAGGAUUUACGAGGUGGAACAGCAGAUCAAACAAAGAGGCCGUGCAGUGGAAGUUCGGUGGUCUUUUGACAAGUGCCAAGAGUCAACAGCAGGGGUGACCAUUAGUCGGGUUUUGCACACGUUGGAAGUGUUGGAUCGACAUUGUUUUGAUCGGACUGAUUCCAGCAAUUCCAUGGAGACGCUUUAUCAUAAGAUUUUCUGGGCAAACCAAAACAAAGAUAACCAAGAGGUCGCCCCCAAUGACGAAGCUGUGGUGACCCUGCUGUGUGAGUGGGCGGUGAGCUGCAAGCGGUCGGGCAAGCACAGGGCCAUAGCUGUGGCGAAGCUCCUGGAGAAGAGGCAGGCGGAAAUUGAGGCAGAGAGAUGUGGUGAAUCAGAGGUAUUGGAUGAGAAAGAGUCCAUUUCUUCAGCCUCUAUUGCUGGAUCUAGUUUGCCUAUUUUCCAGAAUGUUCUAUUAAGAUUUUUAGAUACACAGGCCCCCUCAUUAUCGGAUCCAAACAGUGAAUGUGAAAAGGUAGAAUUUGUGAAUCUGGUGCUGCUCUUCUGUGAGUUCAUCCGACACGAUGUCUUCUCUCAUGAUGCAUACAUGUGCACCCUCAUAUCUCGAGGAGACUUGUCAGUCACCGCCUCGACCCGACCACGGUCGCCAGCUGGAGAGAAUGUGGAUGAACACUACCCAAAGGACCAUGACAUGAAAAUGGAGGAACAGACUAUAAUGACGCAUAUGGGCAUUGACUCAGGAACUACUAAUAUUUUUGAUGAAGUAGACAAGAAUGACUUUAAAACUGACUUUGGUUCGGAAUUUCCAAUUUUUUCUCCCAUGCCUGGAGACUCCUGUGAGAAUGCCAACCCUUCCUUGGGCAGAAGAAUGUCGGUUAAUGGUGAGAAGUUGCUUAAGAGAGAAAAACCCAGGGAGCUAAUUUUUCCAUCUAAUUAUGACCUCCUGCGACACCUGCAGUAUGCAACACAUUUCCCCAUACCUCUGGAUGAAUCUUCAAGUCAUGAAUGUAACCAGCGCACAAUCCUUCUUUAUGGAGUGGGCAAGGAGCGUGACGAAGCGAGGCAUCAGUUGAAGAAGAUUACCAAAGACAUUUUGAAAAUCCUAAAUAAGAAGAGCACCACAGAGACAGGGGUUGGAGAUGAAGGACCAAAAGCCAGGAAGAACAAACAGGAAGCAUUUCCGACCCUGGAGACUGUGUUCACAAAACUUCAGCUCCUUUCAUAUUUUGAUCAGCAUCAAGUGACGUCUCAGAUCUCUAACAAUGUGCUGGAACAAAUCACGAGCUUUGCUUCAGGAACAUCCUAUCAUCUUCCUUUGGCACACCAUAUUCAGCUUAUCUUUGAUCUUAUGGAACCAGCGCUGAACAUCAAUGGACUGAUUGAUUUCGCAAUACAGCUGCUAAAUGAACUGAGUGUUGUGGAAGCCGAACUGCUCCUGAAAUCCUCCAGCCUGGCAGGAAGUUACACAACGGGACUGUGCGUGUGCAUCGUGGCUGUUCUCAGGCGGUACCACAGCUGUCUCAUCCUGAAUCCUGAUCAGACAGCCCAGGUGUUUGAAGGGUUAUGUGGUGUGGUAAAGCAUGUUGUGAACCCCUCAGAAUGUUCCUCCCCCGAGAGAUGCAUCUUAGCCUACCUCUAUGAUCUCUAUGUGUCAUGUAGCCACCUCAGAAGUAAAUUUGGAGACCUCUUCAGUAGUGCCUGUUCAAAAGUUAAACAAACCAUAUACAAUAAUGUGAUGCCUGCGAAUUCUAACUUGCGAUGGGAUCCGGACUUCAUGAUGGAUUUUAUUGAGAAUCCUUCAGCUCGUAGCAUCAAUUACUCAAUGCUGGGCAAGAUCCUUAGUGACAAUGCGGCCAAUCGCUACAGCUUCGUUUGUAAUACGCUCAUGAAUGUAUGUAUGGGCCAUCAGGAUGCAGGAAGGAUUAAUGACAUUGCCAAUUUCUCCUCCGAGCUGACUGCUUGCUGCACUGUUCUUAGUUCAGAAUGGCUGGGAGUUCUGAAGGCUCUUUGUUGUUCUUCAAAUCAUGUGUGGGGGUUUAAUGAUGUACUUUGCACUGUAGAUGUGAGUGACCUUUCAUUCCAUGAUUCAUUAGCUACUUUCAUUGCUAUUCUGAUAGCACGACAGUGUUUCUCCCUGGAGGACGUCGUGCAGCACGUGGCGCUUCCCUCUCUCCUAGCAGCAGCUUGUGGAGAUGCAGAUGCUGAGCCUGGGGCAAGGAUGACAUGCCGACUCCUGCUUCAUCUCUUCCGAGCUCCCCAGGCCUGCUUAUUACCUCAAGCAACUGGCAAACCUUUCCCUGGAAUAAGAUCAUCUUGUGAUAGACACCUCUUAGCUGCUGCUCACAACAGCAUUGAAGUGGGAGCCGUGUUUGCGGUCUUAAAGGCAAUUAUGAUGCUUGGAGAUGCCAAAAUUGGCAAUAACAAUGUCAGCUCUUUAAAGAAUGAUGACUUCACCAUGAGGGGUUUACGACGUGAUGGGAAUGCUGAUGAUAUCUGGACUGCCUCACAAAAUUCAAAAUCCUGUGGGAAAAGCAUUUCCAUAGAAACUGCCAAUUUAAGAGAAUAUGCCAGAUAUGUACUGAGGACUAUCUGUCAACAGGAAUGGGUAGGAGAACAUUGCUUAAAAGAACCUGAAAGGUUAUGCACAGACAAAGAGCUUAUUUUGGACCCUGUGCUUUCAAAUAUGCAAGCACAGAAAUUACUGCAGCUUAUCUGUUAUCCUCAUGGUAUUAAAGAAUGUACCGAGGGUGACAACUUGCAAAGACAGCAUAUUAAGCGUAUUCUUCAGAAUCUUGAGCAGUGGACGCUAAGGCAGUCCUGGCUAGAACUUCAGUUAAUGAUCAAACAGUGCUUGAAGGACCCUGGCUCUGGUUCAGUGGCUGAAAUGAACAACUUACUGGACAAUAUUGCAAAGGCAACAAUAGAGGUAUUCCAGCAGUCUGCUGAUUUGAACAAUAAUUCUUCUAAUUCUGGCAUGGGCCUCUUCAACCCAAAUGGAAUUGGAAAUACUGAUACAAGUAGCACAAGGCAGAAUGGAAUAAAGACGUUUCUGAGUUCCUCUGAACGCAGGGGUGUGUGGCUGGUGGCCCCCCUAAUUGCCAGGCUGCCGACCUCUGUGCAAGGAAGGGUACUAAAGGCUGCUGGAGAGGAGCUGGAGAAGGGACAGCACUUGGGCUCCUCUUCAAAAAAGGAAAGAGACAGACAAAAACAGAAAAGUAUGUCUCUUUUGAGUCAACAACCUUUCCUUUCACUGGUCCUUACCUGCCUUAAGGGACAAGAUGAACAACGGGAAGGCCUCCUAACAUCUCUUCAGAAUCAAGUUAAUCAGAUUUUGAGUAAUUGGAGAGAAGAACGAUACCAGGACGACAUAAAAGCACGGCAGAUGAUGCAUGAAGCAUUGCAACUUCGCCUAAAUUUGGUGGGCGGAAUGUUUGACACUGUGCAGAGAAGCACCCAAUGGACGACAGAUUGGGCCCUCCUCCUUCUCCAGAUCAUUACUUCUGGAACUGUUGACAUGCACACUAACAAUGAAUUAUUCACAACAGUUCUUGACAUGCUGGGUGUUUUAAUCAAUGGAACUUUAGCCUCAGACCUAUCAAAUGCAUCCCCAGGAGGAUCUGAAGAGAACAAACGUGCAUACAUGAAUUUAGUAAAGAAACUGAAAAAAGAGCUAGGAGACAAGAGAUCAGAAAGUAUUGACAAAGUUCGACAGUUGCUACCUUUGCCAAAACAGACAUGUGAUGUCAUCACUUGCGAACCUAUGGGUUCCUUGAUUGACACAAAGGGAAACAAAAUUGCUGGAUUCGACUCUAUAGAUAAAAAACAGGCAAGAGGUCUCCAGGUCUCUACAAAGCAGAAGGUGUCCCCCUGGGAUUUGUUUGAGGGUCAGAAGAACCCGGCACCUCUGUCCUGGGCCUGGUUUGGGACUGUCCGAGUGGACCGAAAGGUGAUCAAGUAUGAGGAACAGCAUCACCUGCUGCUGUAUCACACACACCCCAUGCCCAAGCCCCGAAGUUACUACCUCGAGCCACUGCCCCUGCCUCCCGAGGAGGAAGAGGAAGAGCCCACAUCUCCCGUCUCUCAAGAGCCAGAGAGGAAAUCAGCUGAGCUGUCAGAUCAGGGAAAAACCACAACAGACGAGGAGAAGAAGACAAAGGGAAGGAAGCGCAAGACGAAAUCAAGCUCGAGAGUUGAUGAGUAUCCACAGAGCAACAUAUACCGAGUGCCUCCUAACUACUCACCCAUUUCCUCCCAGAUGUUGCACCAUCCACAGUCCACCUUGUGGGGCUACAACCUCAUGGGUCAGCCCCAGCAGCCGGGUUUUUUCCUUCAGAAUCAAUCUCUUACUCCAGGUGGCUCUAGACUGGACCCCACGGGCUCCUUCGUCCCCACCAACACCAAGCAAGCUCUGUCCAACAUGCUGCAGCGGCGCUCGGGCGCCAUGAUGCAGCCGCCCCCGCUGCACGCCAUCACCUCGCAGCAGCAGUUGAUACAGAUGAAGCUUCUGCAGCAGCAGCAGCAGCAGCGGCUCCUCAGGCAAGCCCAGGCUCGACCCUUCCAACAGGGCCCACCAGGGGACCAGGCUGCUCUCUUUGCUGCACAGGCUCGGCCCUCUCCUCAGCUCUCCCAGUACCCAGGGCUGCAGCAAGCACAGACCAUGCCCCAGGGCUAUACACUGUAUGGAACGCAGAUGCCUUUGCAGCAGACCCCACAGCAGCAGGCUGGCGGCGUGCUCCUGUCUCCCAACUACAACUCCAGAACCUAUCCGGCUGCACAUUCCAACCCGGCGCUGAUGGAAAGACUCCGACAGAUGCAGCAGCAGCCCAGUGGCUAUGUUCAGCAGCAGGCGUCGCCAUACCUACAGCCCUUGACUGGCUCUCAGAGACUGAAUCAUCAGUCCCUUCAGCAGAGCCCUCUGGUAGGUGGGGGAAUCGAUGCGGUGCUGACUUCCACACAUCCAAGCCUUCCUUCGGUGCCCCUGCCUCAGGACCCGAUGCGACCCAGGCAGCCACAGGUUCGACAGCAGCAGAGGCUCCUCCAGAUGCAGCAGCCCCCCCAGCCCCAGCAACCCCCACAGCCCCAGAGUCAGACCCUUGGUCUUCAAGCGAUGCAGCCCCAGCAGCCUUUGUUCCCCAGGCAAGGCUUGCAACAGACCCAGCAGCAGCAGCAGACGGCGGCCCUGGUGCGGCAGCUCCAGAAGCAGCUUUCUAGUAACCAGCCACAGCAAGGAGUGACUCCCUAUGGGCAUCCAUCACACUUCUGAAUCUGGAAGAGGACAAGACAUAAAGUUUUAUGUUUGCACUGAAAUCAAAUUUAAUGCAUCAGUCAUCUCUGGAAAUGUCCCUUUGUUCUUUCCUUUCUUUGAAGUUUUCUUAUAUUUUGUGCUACAUUUCAUAUAGAGGAAGUAUUUAAAACAAAAAGGAGGAAGUGUGGUUUGGGGUUUUUUGGUUAAAUUCAACUUUAAAGUAGGUAUGAAAAUGUGGAUCAUGUGUGCCUACUCCAGGAAGAGCGUGGUAGCAGAUCAUUUGAAAUUGGUGCUUUUUUUUGAAUCUCACAGAAAGAAUGAAUUAUGGUGGAUUUAAAAUAUGUAUGUAUUCAUUAAUGAUGAAGUUUGUUGUUUUCUUCUUCCCCCCAAACUAUGCUGGACCAAACUACUGAUUUGAAAGGCAUGUCAGAUCUUGACAGGAGAGUGACCCCUUUAUUCUGCUUUCACCUUUGGUGGUGAAAAGGACAUCUAUUUGCAUUGCUCUGAUUUGAAAUGUUUGUAAUUUCAUAAGCACUUUAUAAACUUUGUUCUUAUUUAUGUAGGAUUUUUCUUUGCUUUUGUUGUGGUCAAAAGGUGCUGAAACAGAUUGUUGCUUAGUACUUAAACUUCUUAGACCAAGAACUUCAACCCAGGCUUCCGUGAGAGCCACCCUCAGAUACGUGGAAGCCUCUUAGAAGUAGCUGUACUUGAAUUUGUUUUUAGUGGCGGGAGCAUUGGCCAGAGUCUUUGUGAAGGUACAACAUGUCAAUUCUAAAGGCCUGAACGAAACACAGUGGGAUUGUUCCAACUAUUUAUUGCCAGAUUUGGCAAAAAUGACUCUUGGUUCUCCUGAACCUUAUGCCAACUUGAGAAAAAACAAUCCUGCUGCCGGCCUGAGAUUUCACAGUGCUCAAACUUGACGUGGUUUCCAGAGAAUCUGGCCCCCGAGUCCAGAAGGCUCUGGUUUUCAUAAAGAUGUAUUUGCUGUUUAUUUUGUAUGGUAAGUAUUAGCUAUUUUGAAUUUAAUUAUUAAUGUUGGUGUCUUGGUUGUGUAUUGCAUAUACUGUAUUUAUAAAUUGGUGCAAAAAGCACAAGUAAAUUAUACAUCAAAUUUAUUAUAAAGAAAUAGUAACUAUUUUAACUUUGUUCAAGUAUGUGGUAAUUUGCUCCUAUUAGAGUAAAAAAAUACAGUAAAUUAUUAUCAGUUUGUGUAACUUAAGAGUAUUCCAUAUAAUAUUUUUUUAGAUUUAGAUGCAUAAAAUUUUGAAUGUGAAAAUUGCAGGGCAUUUUAAAACAUGUGGGGGAUAUUUUCCCAUGUUUUGUGUUAAUUCAUUUCCUUUUGCCAUAUGAUUUUACAUGUAAUGUAGUUGAGCAUACUGUGAAUAGAUUUGUCUAUAAUGAGCAAACCAUGUAGAACUACUUUUUUAAAAUGUAGCUAGUACGACUUUAGAUCAUUUCUUUUGCAAAUCAUUAUAUAAAUAAUUUAUAUCUUCCUAGGCGAGUUACUCAUUGCAAAGUUUGACUCAUGCAAACGACCUCAAAUACAUGUCCGCUUACUUUUGCUGUGGCAGCAUCCAUGUGAACUGCUUUGUACACUGUGAAAUAGUUCCCUCCAGCCUGCUCAUUUCAUGUUUACUCUGGGCUGGAAAAGACUUUGCCAAAACAUUAAAGACCAUUCUUUUCACGAAAUUAACAUACUCUAUCUGCUUUCAGAAGACAGAUCUUUACUUUUCAGCAGGUUUUGUAUAUCAGGUUUUUUUUUUUUUUUUUCCUCUUGAGAAUCCUACAUAGAGUCCAUGAAGUUAUUUUUCUUCAAAGUAAUCUAUCCAUAUAAUUGCCUUGGCAAAACAACUGAAAUGUGAAUAUUGUGCCUAGUGAGUAAGUUCUGUCCCGUCCUGAUUUCCUUUUCGAGAAUGAUUGGUAUUUAAAAUGCCAGUUUUCAGUUUGAACCAUAUAUUUUUAUAGUUCAGUAUCGCAAACCGCAGUCAUAUUGUUUCAAGAAUGAGUGUUAUAAUUGCAUAGCCUUCGUAUGCACUUUAUAUUUUGCAUAAGGUAAUGAAAUUAAUUUAUUAAUAAUCAUUUUGCACAUGAAAGCUGUGGGGUAUACUUUUUUUCUUGUUGUGUCCUUUUCAGGUGACAAAGCUAAGUCAUGGUUAAGGCUCUGUAGUUCAGAUUCUAUGGAAAGUUGAGGAAAAACCUGGGACUGGCUUACCCCUGUGCGUUAUAAAGAGAACAAUUGGAAUUUUUAAUCUAGUCUUUAGCAUGUUUACUUCCACUGAAACCCACAUCCUGAGAGGUUUUCUUUCUUAGCAAGUGCAUUAAUUUGCAUUAAAAUGAUCACAGGGGAAAACCCUAUCCUUGGACAGAAACUGGCAAUUUGCUUUUUAAGAUAGGAAAUUAUCCUAGGAUAAGAUGAAGACCUCCUUUCCACUUAAAAAUAAGACUUUGAAAUUGAAUGUAGUUGGGCAUCAGAAUUCUUUAGACAGACCUGUUUACACUCUAGUCUCAUUUCUAGUAGCGUCCAUUUGUCACUCUUACGUACUCCUUUUGGCUGGGAAGUGGAAGGAGGUCACCGUGAGAAUGAGAGUCCUUCUACCCUUGUGGCCACAGGGUGCCAGCAUCCGAGAUAGUGGCAGUCAGGUCACCUCUUAGGUGGAGCCAGCUGAAAACACAAAGAAGCAAGCCUCCCCCCGCCCCCCAGGGCUAAAUUGUUGUGUUUUGUGUGCUGAGAUAUCUGAGGAAGACCUAUGGCUUUUUUUUUUUUUUUUCCACUUUAAAUAACUGGCAAAUAUUUGAAUAAAUUCUGGACAAAUUACACUGGAACAUCCCAGCCUCUGGAAUUAGAAAAAAAUCAAUCAUAAUGUUCCCCAACUCAAUUCACAUUGGAUUACAAAAAGCAACAUUUUGUGUGCGUUUGAUCAAAUUUUAAGUACAAUGAAACUUCAUUAUAUGUAUUUAUAUACCAGAUCUAGAUUUUCCCAUUUUCUUCUCCCAUAAAGGAUUAUCACUUAAUGAGAUAACAUGUUGAUAAAGCAAUGGUUCCUCCUCAGAAUAUUUUCCUUAUAAAGAGCUCCAAACAAGGAUGCCUGUGCUUGAUUUUGAAGUGAGGAAGUUUCACUGUAUUUAUGAAGCCUAAUUUUUAAUGAGUUUAUUUCAGUAAUGAAGUCAUCAACCCCCUUUUCACCUUUUAUGACGUAUAGGUGUUAAGUUGCUAUUUACAUGUAUUUUAAAUGCAUUUAUUAAAACAUUUUUGCAUUCCUCAUCAAUGAAAAUUUUCCAGGUACACAAAAUAGAGAAUCAUAAUCAAAACUGUUCAGUUUUUUUCUCUAGGUUUUACUAAAAUAUUUCUAAACCAGCCACAAAAUAUCUGUACAUCAAAAUGGUAAAUUUACAAUCAAGACUGCAAAUUUAAUCUUUUCCAUUGUCUCUCUUCUCAGUGCCAUGCUUGUAACAUUGAUAGAAGGUAGACACUAGGCAACUGGUAGUGAAAGAAAAAGUCCAUUCUUUAAUGAAGAAUUCAGAUACAUUAGCCAUUUGUUAUUUUAUGGUGGACAGUUUUACCUUAAUGUUCAUUGUUAUUUGUUGGCAAAAUAAAAGUGCCUUAAGUUAAAAGUUUGUUUGGAGAUCAAUUAAUGAAAUUCACCAUCAGUCAUACUGCAUUUAUUUACAAGUCUUUUUUUUUUCUUUUG